CUAGGAUCCCGCAUGCCUCGCGGUAGGGCCAAAAAAAGAAAAAGAAAAAGAGUUGGGCGGGGCUAGCAAGCAUUACAAAAGAGCCCGGUGGAUGAGGUUUUUUAAAAUUUUCGAUCUCGUCACUUGUCAUUUUUUCACUAAAGCGGCAUAUUUGAGAACGGAGGCAACAUUAUACCCCGUGGAGUGUGCUCGAAGAGUCGAGGGACCAGGCUGCGGAUCAUUGCCAUGAGCAACGAGGUGGGGGGCGGGGGUGAGUGCCGCAGUCUUUGGAUGACUAGCAGGAAACGGCACCUGCCAGAACGCAUCAUUUCAGCUUUCGUUCUUACUGUAUUAAUUAAUUCUCUGAAUGACAGUAACAAGGGUGGGGGGAAGCCCUUCGGAAAUGAAGGAAAAGAGAUCUGAGAAACUAAAUCUGCAGGGGAAAGGAGACUAAAACCAGAGUUUUAGUGAAACAGCCAGCCGUUGGGAGCUGGGGGCCAGAGGGAGGGAAAAAGGCUGGGCUUAAGCAACCUGCUACCGGGAUGUAGACAAAGGCGGUUUGAAAGGCAGAGAACGAGGCGGGCUCAGUAGCUACUGUCAGCAUGGGGCGUGCGCCAGCCGCUGGAUUCCCGGGGAUGAAACCGAAUGAAUUCACAGUGUCUCCUUCAGGGCACGAAUUACUGGAGUAUGCACCAAAGUAAGAACUCAGAGAAAAAAGUAAGUUUGGGAGAGGACUUAGAUUUUGACGGUCUUUGAAAUCUCCUCUUGGAGGCAUGCCUUCAUUGAUGCGUUACCUCUUUAUAGUUUCUGUCUCUUGUGUCAUCAUUUUUAUCGUGUUCUAUGUGUUCAAUUUUGGGGGCGAGCAAGGCUUCCAGAGGCUAAAUAACUCGGACACUUUGAUGCUGAGUCAAGUUUGCAUAUCCUUUAUCAAUGGCAAAACACCUUUCCUCUGGAGAAACAAACUCAUGAUCUAUGAGACGUCUUCCUGCAAGGAAUACCUGACUCAAAGCCACUACAUCACGGCGCCGUUAUCUAAAGAAGAAGCUGAAUUUCCUUUGGCGUAUAUCAUGGUCAUCCAUCACAAUUUCGACACCUUUGUAAGGCUCUUCAGAGCCAUUUACAUGCCUCAGAAUAUCUACUGUGUUCACGUGGAUGAGAAAGCGACAGUUGAAUUUAAAGAUGCAGUGGAGCAAUUACUGAGCUGCUUCCCAAAUGCUUUUCUGGCUUCCAAGAUGGAACCCGUGGUCUACGGUGGGAUUUCCAGGCUCCAGGCUGACCUGAACUGCAUCAAAGAUCUUGCAGGCUCUGAGGUUCCGUGGAAGUACGCCAUCAACACCUGUGGGCAAGAUUUCCCCCUGAAAACCAACAGGGAGAUCGUUCAGUAUCUGAAAGGAUUUAGAGGGAAAAACAUCACCCCAGGGGUGCUGCCUCCAGCUCACGCAAUUGGACGGACUAAAUAUGUCCACCGAGAGCACCUGGGCAAAGAGCUUUCCUAUGUGAUAAGAACCACAGCCCUGAAACCGCCUCCUCCCCACAAUCUCACCAUUUACUUUGGUUCUGCCUAUGUUGCCCUGUCAAGAGAGUUUACCAACUUUGUUCUCCAUGACCCACGGGCUCUUGACUUGCUUCAGUGGUCCAAAGACACCUUCAGUCCGGAUGAACAUUUCUGGGUGACGCUCAACAGGAUUCCAGAAAUAUCUCCUUGCAACUUCAACGUUCAAAAUUAUGGGGGUGGAGGAGUUUGGCAGUACUUUGUGUGAGAAGGGUACCAGAAGAAUAUCCCAGAUUUGGAAAGAUGUGGGACAUGCAAGGUCUUCUCCUUAAGAAUUUGCCAUCUUGUUUCUCAGAGCACACAGUUGGAAACAGAAAAGUUGUGUAGAAAGACAAAGAGUCACCAAUUCUG